GUCAAAACUGAUUGAUUUAUACAAAGCGAGGAACAAUUUAUUAAUAAAUAUUUGGCAAAAUGACAACAUUAAAUAACGUGUUAAAAGCUAUAGAAGCUUUAAAAUCAGCUCAAGAGUCAAACACUCUUCUGUCAGAUUCGAACGCAAGGAAAGAUAAAUUAACAUGUUGCAUGACAAUAACAGAAGGAAUAUGUUCACCAACUGUCAAACUAGCAACCAAGUUUCCUCAGGUACUUAGUCUUUCAAUUGAAACUUUACUGACACUGUGUAACGAUGAUGAAUCUGAUGUCAGAACGGUAGCAGAUGAAACAUUAAAUAAAAUUAUAAGGGCAAUGGCUGAUAGUAAUAUUGUUAAAGUUCAAAUAGAACUUUACAAUGAAAUAAAAAGGAAUGGACCUGCUAGAACAUUGAGAGCUGCUCUUUGGAGAUUUGGUCUUCUUAGUCAUAUGAUACGCCCUACAAGAGGAAAAGCAUAUGUAUCUAAUUUGAUACCAUGUAUAGUAACUAUUGCACAUCGUUCUGAGGAAUCUGUAAUUGAAACGCUAUCGCAAUCAUUACCAUUAAUUAUGAAAGCACUAGGGCCAUUUAUGACAGACAAUGAUAUCAAGACAUUAUUGAAAGCAUUCUUUGAAAAUAUAUCCUGUGUACAAGCAGCAUUUCGUAGAGCUGCAGCAAAUAUGAUUUUAGCAACAUGUUUGAAUUGUCGCAGACCACAGUUUUUUUUAAAUUAUGUACUGAAGCAUCUUUUAGGUAUUAUAGUGCCUAUAAGUGAAGAUGAGAACCGUAUAGCAGCUAUUAUUGGUAUAUUUGGUUGUAUAAGAAUAAUUUUACCACAUAUAUGCAAUCCAUCAGAAGAUCCAGAUGAUGACACAGUAGAGACAGAUAGCUUAUUACAAAUUUAUGAACUAUGUUUGCAUUAUACAAAAUGGCAUUCUGAUCAUAAUGUUAUAAAUGCUGUUCUGGAGACACUGACUCAGUUUUUGAAGUCACCUCCAAAAGUUCUAGUAUCAUUAUUAUUAUCAAAUCAAGGUAUAACACAGAGUAAAAUAGCAGUGAAUCAAAAUGAAAUGAUGUUAUCAUUAAGUCAAGCAAGCACAUCUAGUGCUGCAACUGCUUGUGAAGAAAAUUCCGAUUAUACCUUAAAUUUACUUGAUUCUGAUAUACCUGAAAUAAAUCCAAAGAUAGAAAAGUGGAUGUUAGAUUCUGAGACUAUACCUCCUUUGAUGGAAAAUGUACAAAUUUCAAAAGAAUGCAUAAAUAAUAUUGUAGAAAUGAAAGGAAAGAUUUUAGAAAAUUAUAGUGAUUUGAAGAUCGGAGUCAUUGACAAUGAAACGAUCGAAGAAGGUAGUGACGUUGGAAGUGAAAUAGAAAAAUCGGAGAAAGUUUAUUCGAGUGUACAAAAUGAACCAAGAGACGUGGAUUAUACCGAAGAAAUCACAUGUUCUAUCGCAUCUCUUAAAAAACUAUCUUUAGAUUUUUCGUUACGAGAAAUAGACGUUGGAACUUUUACAGAUCCUGACAUACCGUUAAAAUUCUGUUGUCGUUAUUUGGUAUCGUCUUUCCUCCUAACUGGCAACAUUGGUCAUGUAAUACCAGAUAAAUAUUUUCGUGUUAGUGUAAAGUCUCUUGCUUUAACUUGCGUGGCUUAUAUUUUGAAACUUUGUCCGAAUCUAUUUUUAAUACCUGUUGCCAAAGAACCGAAUUCUAACGAGAAUAAACAAAUGAUAACGGAUAUCUUAUUAUUUGCAAGUCAUCCAGAUCCUCAAAUUAGGGGUAAUAUAUCAAUUAUUAUUGGUACAUUCCUGAAAUCUGUAUAUACACAAUAUGGAGGUUCUUUUAAAAAAUUUGAGGCAGAGAUUACUGAUAAAAACUUAUGUGGAAUUAUAUCACUAGACAAUUUAAUUAAAUUACUUUUAAAGGGAUUAGAAGAUGAUUCUGCUACCACAUGUCGACAAACAUUAACAGCAUUCAGUUUAUGUCUACCAGAGUUGUUAGAGUCUGUUGACAAUAAAUAUGGAAUCACUGUGUUAACUGUAUUACCUCAGCUAGUAAAGAAUCCAUAUUUUCUGGUAAAAGUUAAAUUAGUGGAAUUAUUGAGUGAGAUAUCGUAUGUUACUAUAGAACAUAUAACUGGUGGAUCAAUGUUCCAAGAACAUUUUAUCAAUGUUAUUAUAACUCUGUUAGGUGACCAAGAUCAAAGAAUUAGGCAUGCAGCAUCAGAUGCUAUUGUAAAGAGUAUUCCUUUAUUACAUUUCCAACAACCACAUGAUGAUGUUAUUACGCGAAAGGCCAUACAAUACACGGAGCAAUACAUGAGCGCAGUUACCCGGAGUUCAGUAGAACUGUCCUCUUGUCAAGAGAAACAAAAGUUCUUUAUAAAUACGUCAAUACAGCCAUUUGCAGCUUUAAACUUCCAUAACUCGACGAAUUAUCGUCCAAAUGUAGAAUACUCGUUGUCGAUUGUAAUCAACAUGUUGGCUGAGAUUCUUGGAGUACAGUCAUCGAAGUAUUUAGUGUAUGGCUGUUGUGAAGCUCUGUUUCGUUUAAGCGAUGUAUAUAAUACUACAGUAUAUAUUAGAGGAUGGGAUUGUAUUUCACCUAAAACAUUGUUGAAAAGGUCUCAUAAAAAGAACGGUAGUCGAUUAGAUAUUAGCGAAUCAAAUUUUACAAGCGACAUGAUGCCAUCGUCCGUGAGCAACAGCCUUUUAUCUUUGGCUUUACCCUUACUGUCAUCGUCUCCUAUAAGCUUAGACUUGUUAACGCAUAAACAUUUGGUACUUCUUGCUGGCAAUCUUGCAUCAGGUUUAGCAUUUUGCAAUUUUAAACCCAAUGAUCCAACUAAAACUUGGUGGGGCACGUUUAAGGAUAAACAAAUAGAGUUGUUGUUAACACAUAUUACAAGAGUAUUAAAUAUAUUUGUUCAUAUAAUCGACGACGUGCAAUUGACACAAACUAGUACAAAAACGGCGUUAUCGUCUUUGUCAUCUACGCAAACGUUAUCGCCGAAAAAGAAGAUAAUAAUGUCUGAACCGAAGUUGAAAGAGAAAGGAGAAAAAUUUGGAAGCUUGAAAUUUAUAAAAGAGCAAAUGGGUGCGUUUGUUUCAACACCGCAUUAUAUGAAAAUGUACGAAAAUCUUAAAGCAGCGCAUUUGAAUUACCUAGCCACACUUGAACCGCAUGCUAGCGAAAUGUAUUUGUCUUUGUUAAAUGCGAUUCUAGAUGUUCUUUCGCAAAUUCUUGAAAUUAUAUCAGUCAAUGAAGCAGCUCAAAUAGCAGAAGAAAUUCUACAUUAUCUACAAAGCACUGUCGUAUUAUCUCCCACUGCAACCAUUCAGUGUGUUCAACAAUUGCUGAAGUGUUUAUUCAGCACAAACGUGUAUGCACAAUGGAAUGAAUUAGAUAUACAGAAAAAUUCAGACAGAAUAACCGUACUAUGGGAUGACGUUAAAGGAUUUUAUAAUCAUUGCUUUCAAAGUCCUGCAAGGCAAAUGGCAAAUACUAUAAAAUCCAUGGGAAACAAUUGCAGGGGUGAAAACGAACCAGAUACCGGAUGGGUAGGUUUGUUACAUAGAAAAGGCGAUAGAAAAUUCUCUUCUAUUUUUAAGAAUUUAUCGCGAUCGUCUGAUCAAAAAACCUCUGUAGCUUCGUUCAUUCGUCUUUUUGAGCCAAUGGUUAUAAAAUCAUUAAAACAGUACACUGUAACAAGUAGCGUGUCAUUACAGUGUCAAGUAUUGAUGCUACUCAGCCAGCUAGUGCAAUUAAGAGUCAACUAUUGCUUGCUGGAUUCCGAAAGAAUAUUCAUUGGAUUUGUAUUAAAGCAGUUUGAAUUUAUCGAAGAAGGUCACGUGAAGCAAACGGAGGAUCUAUUGCCAAAGAUUUUCAACUUUUUAGUUCACUUGUCGUACGAAAAAAAUCAUUCGAAAGCUAUAAUAGGAAUUCCAAAGAUAAUCCAAUUAUGCGAUGGACUUAUGGCAAGUGGUCAACCAGCGCUCACGCACUGUAUACCAGCCCUGGCUCCAGUUGUAGAAGAUGUAUUUUUGAUUAGAAACGCAAGUUCAAACCCAACAGAGCAAAGAGAGCUUGAGACAACAAGAGAAGUCCUAAUUUCGAUGCUUUUACGUCUUGUAGAAUAUUACCAAAUCAUUGAGCUCUUGGCAUUAUGUUUAACGGAAUCUAGAUUCAGCGGAGAUGGUAACGGAGAAGAAAAAUGGCGAAGAUGGUCUAGACUGACAAUGGACUCUGUUCUUCCUAUGCUGGCAGCAGGAAAAGUUCGAAUAGAAUCGGAGAAAGCACACGUGGCUUUGAUUAAAUUAUUCGCAGCUAUUUCUCCCACGGUUUUUAGACCAGUCGAUCCUCUUUUAAAGGUACUUCUCGUUAAACCAGACUCUCUGGAUACUUCAAAUUUGAGACUAAAACGAUGGUUAGGAGUGGUAAAUGUUGUUCUCUUAUCCUUGAUCGCGUGCUCAAAAGAGGAAGCAAUGCUUGCGCGACUUUCCGACCUCAGUUCGAACAUGUCCGAACUAUCCCACUCGUUUCUUCAUCCAAAAUCGUCUUCUCAAACCAUGGAUCCUUUGAAUGUUUUGGACAGUCAAUCAGCUGAAGUACCGCCAGAAAGAAUAUUAGCUAGAUUUAUAUUUAAAGUUAUUAACUUGGUAGGCUGCAAGGUUUACAAUCUUCUUGGAUUGGUCGAUCAUAAACUCAGCGAUCCAUAUAUCGCAUUUUCCGAAUCAAUGGAGAACGAUUACUACUUGAUCCACCAAUUUGCAUUCUUCUUGCAGUUAUGCAUUCACAUGUUCGAAUCUGGGAGUCACUGCAAAGUGGCAAACGCUGUUAUACAAAUGAUUCAAGGUCGAAAUGUUCUCGAAGAGGAGAAGCUGCCGAUCUCCGAUUUGAACUAUUUAAUGUUGAACAUUGGAGACAAAUGUCCAACGUUAACUUGCCAGUGGGCCUAUUUAAUGACUUUAUUAGGGUACAAUGAAAUGACUUUUUGGUCCAAAAUAUUGGGUACUCGUCGGACAGAAUACGUCGUGCAUUGUUCUCCAAAUGAAGAGAAAAGUGUUGACCAUGACAGCAGCAUUAACAUUCAAAUUAUUAGAAAAGGUGGCAUAAUAUUAUUCUGCGAUUACGUCUGCGAGAAUCUGUGCGAUGCAGAGCCCUUAACGUGGUUGUUAGUUAAUCAUACGGAAGAGACAGUAAAUAGUGCUAUCGAGUCUCCUGUCAGAGAUCUCUUGACGACAGCUAUACACAGAAAUUCUGCAGCUAGUGGAUUGUUGGUACAAGCGAUCGCGACCAAAUGCACAGACUUGUCACAACCCAGUUUUGUCAAGCGACUCUUGGAAUGUAUAGAAGGUGCUCAUCAUUCGCAAAGCGGAGCUGUUUUAAUGACACUGAUACCGAGAUUGUUAUCCACCAAGUAUCUGGCUUUGUCGAGAAUGGCGGCGAAAAUAGCUAGUCGAAGAGUAGAAAUUUUAUUAACCAUACCUGCAGAAGAAGCGAUGAAGCAAUUAUCAAAAGAAGAUUUCGCCAAGAUCAUGGAGAUUCUGCAAGUGACCAAGCUUGCUAAGAAACACGGUGGAUUAGUUAGUCUGUUGAAUAAAUUUGGAGUACAGUAUUACGAUUUGUCCCCUCUAGAACUCGACCAAUGUAGACCGUUUAAUCCAUCCACCGUGAAAAGUAUUCAACUGGAUCGUAAUUGGUUUUUGUCUCAAGUAAAAUUACGAUGUUGUAGUUCAAGUGCUAGUCACAAUUUAUCGGAAGCAGCGCAGUUACUUAGGGUUUUAGAUUUCGAAGAUUGCCUCGGUAUCCUGUCUUCCAAAGAGUUUAAUAUCUCGAUAUUGAAACCCUGCAUAAUAUUGGGUGUACGAAUUAGCGUGGAGAAGUGCCAAAAAUUAGAAUUCGGUGUAGCACAGAACGAAAAGGAUUUUAAUUUCGAAACUAGUCCCUUAUACAGCGCCGCGAAACAGAGUUUAUUGGAGCACGUUCAUUAUGUCACCGAUUUAAUGCCAAAACCGCAUCAUAUUUACAAUCCAACGCAAUCUAAUGGCAAUUCGAGAGAAGUGAAGUAUGCGCAUCGUUUUCAUGAACUUUUAAACGAGUUUGUAUAUUGGGAUGUACUUUUUAUGUUGAUACCCGCUGUGAAGAUAUACAUGAAGACAUUGCCAAAGCUAGCCAAGUAUAAUCUAGCGAAAAUUGAUAAAAAAUCCGAAGAAGAUCUAGCCAAAUUUGCAAUACUGUGUUUAGAAUUAACACACUGGAUGGUACACUGUGAUGAGAAUAAAAUUAAAAAAUUGAGACCAAGGAACAUGGAACUUGCGUUAAGCUGUGCAUCAGAAAUUCUAAAACAUCCUGGCCCAAGUAAAAUUUUUGGGGAAAACCUGAAGUAUUCGUGGGUUUGUAGUGGUGCUGCUUCACUCAAGAAAAUAGUAGAAUACCUGUUAACUACUGUGGACGUUUUGCCAGUUAUAGAUAUACGUGCUUUAGAACCAGCGCUAGAAGAUGAGGAUACCAGAGACUUUGCUCGUGCUUGCAUGCGAAUGGCCGAUCUGGUCGCUUGGUUGGAACAAUGUCAAAAGAAACAGUUAUCCACAAAUAUUCCACGCUAUUUGUUUGACACGAUACAAGAUUUAAUCGUAAGUAUCAGUCGUCAACCACUGGUAAAUUCAUAUAUCUUAACACCACCGUUAGUUUGGAAACAAAACUGGAAUGUCGUUGGUUCUGGUCCGACCAAAUGUUACUUCCCGUUAUUAUCUUCGGAGUCGAAUCUCCUUCAGGAGGUGGAAAUUUUGGAGCAGUUCAUUUACAGGAUAAAUCUGUUAGGCUGGGUCUCUCGGUUGCAAUUCGAAGAGAUAUGGAUGGCUCUCUUAGGAGUGCUCAAUCUUUCACAAAACGAGAACGUACCCGUAGAAGAUAUCUCAGCGUUGAUUCAAGCGAGCAGUUUAGCUGUACAGGCGAUUACAAAAUUGUUAUUGAAUACUUUGCUUCUUCCUUAUCCUGGCAACCCAAGAGCCAGCACUGUGAUUCAUUAUCCGAGAGAUCCUCAGCUCUCGGUUCAUAAGAUCAGUUCUCAAAAAUUGUACGCCAUUCAAGAUCUGCUUACGUGGAAGUACGAAUGUAUGAACGACUCAGAGAUGAUCGAUGGCUUGAACAUGGAUCACAUCUUCCAUCGAGGAAACGUAGAAAGAGUUGCGAACUUAAACAAGUAUACAUAUAGCCAACUUUCCGUUUCUUACUUGUGGUCGCUGUGCAACUUGUAUGAGGAUAAGUUGAGCGCCUCCGUCCUCAAUUUGAAGAACAGAAGAAACGACGCGUUAAUGUCCGCGUCACUUGAUUUAGAUUCCUGUCUUCGUUUCUUGAUAGAACUUUAUACGUCUUGGAUGUCUCCGCAAGCUAAUACACCUAUACAAUUGCUCACGGAGGUCGUUAAGUCUAUUCUAGCAAUUUCGGAAUUGUUCGUCGAAAGAGCCCAGUAUCAGUGGAUGUUGGACAUGUGUCUGGAAUUGUCGAGAAUUCAUCCAACAGAGAAUGUCAUUUUACAUCAAUACUUGGUAGUUUCCGUGUGUAAAGCUGCUGCAGUACUAACACCGUUGGACUUUGAAACGUUAGACAAAGUUAAGCGUCUAGUAGACACGAAUCUGAAAUCGAGCUUCUUACCUGCGAAGGUAUCCGCCCUUCACGGUUCAUUGUAUCUGUUGCAAAGUGCUGUGCUCGCAAAUUGCGAAGAGACGAUGAAUAUUAUUCAUCCGUUGGCAAUAGAAUACAUACAGAAACAUUUGGACGCGCAGGAUUUGAACGGCGUGUUAAGACAAAGUGAAGAGCAUCAGGGUGUAAUGUGGGCUUUGGUAUUCUUUUUAUUGGAACAUGCCGAAGAUACUCCGCCAGACACGGAAGCGCCAGCUGUGUUAGAAUUAGUCCUUAAUUUACUUACAUCACAAAAUAUUUCUUGUAGCUUACAUCAAACACUCUUGCAGGGGCUCGAGCGACUCGUAGCAACCAAAAGCGUGAUUGGAAAGGUAGCCGAACAGAUAGUAAAAGUUGCGAUCGAUCGCUUAAAACAACCUAGUCCUAUGUUAUCGCUGCCAGCGUUGCAAUUGUUAUUGACUUGCAUGUAUACAGAGGCGGCAGAUAGAUUGAAUCAACCGGAAACAGAGGAACCAUUACCAGAUGCUGAACCAGAAGCAUUGGUUCGAUCCAUAGAGCGCGCUUCAGCGAUUUUCGAUAAGAUCAGGAGAGGACACUCUAUGGAAGUGGAGCUUUUAUGUACAGUUUUGUCCGGUGUGCUCGGAGAUUUCUUCCCACCGUCGGAAAUCUUGACUAAAGUCAUAGGAGAAUUUUUGUCGCCGCAACAACCUCACCCGCGGCUACUUGCCGCCGUUGUUUUUAAAGUAUGCGAACGAGCGUGCACUUGCGCGCAAAUGGAACUUCUUCAAGAUUGGGUUGUAUUUAGUUUGCCAAACUUUAUUCAGAGUUUACCUGUUACAAUGUCAACAUGGUGCUUGUCUUGUUUUUUUAUCAGUGCAUCCACAAAUCAUUGGCUGAGAGCUUUGUUUCCAUAUAUACAAUCAAGGAUUGGAAAAUACGAAUACGAGGAUAAGAAGAUAUUGUGCAUCGCUGCUUCGGACUUCUAUCGAAAGUUAUCUAAGGACACUCAGAGGGAAGCUUUCGUGGAAACUUUCGAAGCAGCAGCAAAGGAACCUGGAACUCCGUUCAGUGACAUUUUAGCGUCCUUCUAGCUAGUCUUAUCAUCGAUCGUGUCGAUAUGGGAAAGUUAAAUCAAAAUGAGAAGUAUUCAUCGUAAUUCUGCUCUUGAGUCUCUUUGUAAAUUGAUGUACAAUCAUUGCACGAUCUCGACUCGUUGCGUGUACAGUUGUAUGUGUAUGUAAUGAUAUUUAUUUUACAUCUGUCCUGUCGGAAAGAGGUAACACUGUUUACAAUAAACAAUAUUUUUUAAAUA